GUUUGAGCAGCCGCCGAUGUCGCGUCGUCCUUGUUUCCGAGUUGCACAAAAGCACCGUGACUUACGAGAUGGCGAUAUUCUCUGCCCUUCUCCACCUCCAUGAGUACUGCAACUAUCCUGACGCAGAUUGACGCGUCCGCGCCUAUUCUCUCCUCUGGCGUGGGGUAUGCGAUCGUCUUAGAUAUGGGCAUGGGCUUUGCAGGCCUGAUGUUGUUCAUCACCAAAUUGACCGAUCGGUAUACUGAGCAUCACGCUGGUGGUUCGUCGGAAAAGUUCACUUCGGCAAGCCGUUCGUUGAAACCAGGUCUUAUCGCUUCCGGGAUUGUUUCUGCGGCAACAUGGGCCGCUACGCUCCUGCAAUCGGCUACGGUUUGCCUCGUUUAUGGAUUAUCAGGCCCUUGGUGGUAUGCGGCUGGUUCGGCAACACAAAUUAUGGCAUUUGCUCAGAAUGCUAUCCAGCUGAAAAGAAACGCGCCUGGAGCUCACACCUUUCUCGAAAUCAUUGCCGUACGAUGGGGGACGUUCGCACAUUUCAGCUUUAUGUUCUUCGGAUUAGGAACCAGUAAGCGUUCAUUUCUCCACGUUGUCAAAACAAAUGCUGACCACGUCCUAGACAUCAUUCUGACGGCACAGCUGACUACUGUUGGAAGCGAUACUGUGAACACACGCACGGGCAUGAACACAAUCGCUGCAUGUUUCCUUAUUCCCGUAGGUGUUGUGGUGUAUACGUUAAUCGGUGGUCUUCGCUCCACUUUUUUCUCCGACUACCUGCACACCACUCUUAUCUUCGCCAUCAUCCUGGCUUUCGGCUUUUCAGCUUUUGCUAUCAACGAGUACUUAGGUUCACCUUCGAAGGUGUACGAUCUUCUUCAAGUUGCUGCAACAAAUUAUCCCAUCACGGGCAAUGCUGCUGGCUCCUACACAACUUUCUCUAGGAUUUCUUGCUUUUUUGAGGAAUGUUAUAUCUUGGGAGGCUUUUCUUUUCUUCCUGUCCCCUACGCAUUCGCCACUGCAGCAGGUCUCGCCAUUGUAGCCCUCUCUGCCGACUCCACGUCCCCGUACGCUCCAUUAAGUGCAGCACAAUCGACUUUGGCAGCACCAGCUGCUGCUACAGCAUUGCUAGGGAGAUCUGGCGCCCCCUUGCUAUUAAUUGUUCUCUUUUUGGCUGUAACCUCAGCAGCGUCUGCUGAACUUGUCGCGGUGUCGUCAAUUAUUACUUACGACAUCUACAAGCGUUACAUCAACCCUCACGCCACUGAUAAGCAGAUUCUCUGGGUGUCUCAUGUCGGUGUCGUCGGUUUCGGCAUUUUUAUGGGUGUACUGGGGGUCAUUUUCUACGAAAUUGGCGUCUCCCUUUCAUGGCUUUACGGAUUCACGGGAACUUUUGCAUCUUCUGGUGUUGUACCUGUCGGCCUUUGCCUGCGUUCCCGACACGCCAACAAAUGGGGUUGCCUUGCCGGUUUGUGGAUCGGUUUCGCGUGUGGUAUUGCUGCGUGGUUGGCCACUGCUGCAGGUUAUGGGGGCGUCAUCGAUGUUACGACAACCGGAGGAACGUACGAGCAGCUAGCUGGAAACGCAGGAUCUUUCUUCCUGGCGACGAUUAUUUCAGGCAUCGUUUCCUAUAGGUGGCCCGAAGACUUUGACCUUGAGAUUACCCGAAGGAUGAACACUUUUCAACCGGAAGACGCUGACGCUGAAGGACACGUUGAUGCUGCCGAGAUAGACUCUGGGGACGAGAAGAGGAUCGACACCAAUGUCAGCGAGGUCGACAUGGAGAAGGGUGUGCAUGUCCAUAACGAUGCUUCGGAUGAUGAUUUGUAUAAAGACUCCAUUUUUUCGGUACGACUCACCAUCAGUCUAUUUGUGGUGCUCUGUGUUUUCGUUCUAUGCAUGAUGGUCAUCCCGCAAAUAUGGUCCAAGGCUGGCUUCAUCUGGUGGAUUGUCCUUGCGUUCUUGUGGACAUUCGUAGCUUCUUUCAUCGUCAUUAUCUACCCUGUUUGGGAAUCUCGAUAUGCUUUAUGGGAGAUAUUACGAGGUAUAAUGGCGGAUAUAUCUGGAAAACGCAAGGCUAUCAGAUGAUUCUGUGGCAUAGAAAUCGUCCUGGAUUCUUUAAUCGACUAUUUAUGUACAAACACGUUACUAUAUAAUUUUGAAG